CGAUAUAAAAGUUCCUGUCUGGUCCCUGAAGUGACAGCGCAUUGCGCAAAGCGAAGUAAAGUGUGCAUGUUACACGGUUAAACAUGUUAAAAAGUUUUUAUGAAAUUUUAGUUUUAUGUUACAUUCGGUGCCCAAAUCAUUCUUUAAGAACUGAUAUACUGAACUUUUCGCCGUCUUGAUUAAGUGACAAACGUAGUAUAAAAUAAUUAGUGAAUAUAAUUUUAGAGAUUUCGUUUAGUGAGUUUCAUUUGCAGUAUUUCACAAUGCCUAAAGGAAAAAGAAAAGGAAAAUUCGAGCAUAGAAGAACAGAGGAGAAGAUCUACUCAUCAGACGAGGAUGCCGGCAUUGACAUGACCAUUGACAAUUGUUCAGAGACAUCUGGUCAGUCAGACCUCAAGAGUGCACAUGAUGAUGCAGAGAACGAACAGGAGAAACUGGAAGAGAAGGUGCUGGAGAUGAUCGACGCUCUGAGCGCGCGGUCGAACGCGGCGCGCGCGGGCGCCAUGGUGUCGCUGCGCAACGCGCUGCAGCGGCGCCACCUCGCGGCCGUGCUGUGCAACCAGCGCGCCACGCUCGCCGACCACCUCGCCAAGGCGCUGCGGCGCGGCCGCGACGGCGAGCGCCGCGCCGCCGCCGGACUCGCGCCGCUGCUGGCCUUGCAGAUCGGCGAGGAGGGAGUGGAGGAGUUCGUGAACGAGAUCCGUCCGGAGCUGGCCGCCGCCGCCGCCGACAAGUCCGCCUCGCUAGAGACACGCACUGAGUGCUGCUCAUCCUUGGCUGUGUUGUGCUAUCUGCUGGAAGAGGAUCUGACCGAGAUCCUGGAGGUGAUGCGCAUGUACGAGACCAUCUUCAGCGGCAGCUACCUCAAGGGCGACGGCAGCGUGAAGGUGUCGGGCUGCCUGCUGGAGGCGGGCGCGCUGCACGCGGCGGCGCUGGACGGCUGGGCGCUGCUGCUGACGCUGCUGGCGCCCGAGCACGCGCGCGCGCUGCUGCAGGCCGCCGCGCCCUCCUUCCGCCGCCUCGCCGACCUGCUGCAGGCCUGCAGUCUCGAGGUUCGUCUCGCAGCUGGUACUGCGCUAGCCAUCGCACACGAACAUGUCACCAGUGCGCAGGACGAGGAAGAGCCCGAACUGGCGGAGCUGGUGGCGGGACUCCUGCCGGCACUCGACCAGCUCGCGCGAGACUCGCACAAGUACCGCGCCAAGCGAGACCGCAAGCUGCAGCGCGCCACCUUCAGGGACAUUCUCAAGUACUUCGAGGACGACGAGAGUCCGUCGGAGGCGGUGCGCGUGGGCGUGGAGACGGUGCGGUGCGCGGGCUGGCGCGCGGUGGCGGCGUACGCGGCGCUGGCGGGCGCGCUGGGCGCGGGGCUGCAGGCGCUGGCGCCGCGCGUGGCGCCGCUGCGGGCCGCGCUGCGCCUCGAGGCGCCGCCGCCCGGCGCGCCGCCCGCCGCCGCCGCGCGCCUCACGCGCCUGCAGCGCCACCUGCAGAACAACGCGGCGUGCAAGGCGCGCACGCUGGCGCGCAACAAGAACCGCGACAAGCGAUCCGCCGCGCUCGCGCUCUGACCGCGCACCGACGCCUCGCACCACACACCUCACACCUCACACCUCACUCUCUUUACAAGUCUCGUGCUUAUUUUCAUAUGAUUUAUGGUGUUAAUUAAUGUUAAUUAAAAAGCAAAAAUCGCAUGAUGAGACACAAUUUGUUAUAAUAUUUUCGCCGACGGAUCAGGCUAAAUGAAUUGUAAAAAUUAAAUUGUUCUUCGUCAUAGGUUCAUUUCGCACGAAUAAGCCAAUUCAUUCUCACGUAAGGCUCGUGAAUAGAUUCGAAUUGCUAAAUUAGGUUACUCGUGCUCGAAAACGACCAAAGAAAUUUGCUUUCGAAUGGAACGUCUUUGGAACCGCCUUUUAAAUUUAUUUUUAUUUGAUGUUUUAAAAUGUUUUCCUAGGCAAUUUCUCGUGUCAUAUCAGUAAAAAAAUAUUUUACCCGUUACAAACGUUUGUCAUUCCUUAUUUUCAAGAUAUACAAAGAAUAACGAUAGGCGUUAUCAUAUCAUUUUGUAUAAAUAUAUUAUAUAUCUUACUCCAUGUCUUGGUUUGAGCUCAUGUUCAUUCCGAACUUAGUUUAACUGCCUUAGCAGUAAGAUGUUUUUAGUAAAAAUAUAUUUUUAGUGUUUUAUACGUUGUAGUACUUUGUGUUAAAUUGACCGUUUUUAUAAUAUUAAACUCGUUAUUUUUCGGCCGUUAAUAGAAACGAGGCCGAUGAAUGCACGAAUUUAUUCGGAUAGAGAAAUAUAGUGGACUAUAGCACUUUAUUUUUACCGUCGCCGACUUCGUGGCUAAUGUUUUGACUUCAUACGUACAGUUGCUUCAUCAACGCCUUUUAUUCGAUUCGCUUUGAUGCUACAUUGCGUUUCGAUAACUCGAUUGUAGUGUCAAAUUAACGUCUUAGAGUAUCGAUAUUCCUUAAAGCCCAAAGCAAUGAUCGACGAAGCUCAAAAUACAGUGCUAUGGAAUUUAGAUACGGUCGUUAGAAAUCAAGUUGUGGAGUAAGGCGAUACGUUUUAUUUUAACGGUUGAUUGUAAUAAUAUAUUAUGUACCAAUGCGCUGUACUGUUGUGAUAGACGGGUCCCUGACGGACACGUUGUGACAGUGCCACUCAUUGUCUCUGUAAAUAUUAUUUUAAUUUGUACUAGCCGCGCGCGUCGCUGUUUCUACGUUAGGCUACGGAGUGUUAAAAUUAUAUUUAUUAUGAGAAA